UACUCACUCUGUUCUUCAUCUCAGAUUCCGGGUAUUUGUUGCAAUGGGAAAGAAAAACGAGGAUGUGGGUGCAGCCACAAAGGUUAAGGGGAGCAACAAGGAUAUUUCUAAAGAUGGAAAGAAGGAGAAAUUCUCAGUCUUAGCCAUUCUUGCCAGCAUGGACGAGGAACCUGAUAAACCUAGAAAGGGUUCCUCCUCUUCGAGUGCUGCUUCUGGUAAACCCAAGUUAAAGGCUGUUCCAUCUUAUACUGAUGGGAUUGACCUUCCACCUUCUGAUGGUGAGGAUGAUGAGGAAGAACAGCAACAGGCUAACCUCAAGAAACGACAUGAUAGACAGCAGAGGAAUGACAGAAAACCGCUUGAUACCUCUAUAAGUGACAAAGAAUUGAAGAAAAGAGAGAAGAAGGAAAUGUUUGCAGUUCAAGCUGCAGAGCUGGCAAAACAGGAGGCCCUUAAAGACGAUCGUGAUGCUUUCACUGUUGUUAUUGGUAGUCGAGCUUCCGUCCUUGAUGGUGAGGAUGAAGCAGGUGCUAAUGUUAGGGAUAUAACAGUAGAGAAUUUCUCUGUAUCAGCUCGUGGGAAAGAACUUCUGAAGAACGCAUCAGUGAAGAUAUCUCAUGGGAAGCGAUAUGGCUUGGUUGGGCCAAACGGGACGGGGAAGUCUACUUUGUUAAAACUUCUUGCUUGGAGGAAGAUUCCAGUGCCAAAAAAUAUUGAUGUGCUUCUGGUUGAACAAGAGGUAGCUGGUGAUGACAGAAGUGCACUUCAGGCAGUUGUCUCUGCUAAUGAAGAGCUGGUCAAACUCCGAGAAGAAGUUGCAGCUUUGCAGAAUUCAUCUUCUAUUGCUGGAGGGGAGGCUAAUGACGAUGUAAAUGGGGAUGAUACAGGGGAAAAGCUUGCUGAACUGUAUGAGAAAUUGCAGGUUUUAGGGUCAGAUGCUGCUGAGGCACAGGCUUCAAAGAUUCUUGCUGGAUUGGGUUUUACCAAGGAAAUGCAAAAUCGCCCUACUCGGUCAUUCAGUGGUGGCUGGAGGAUGAGAAUUUCUCUUGCCAGGGCACUUUUUGUGCAGCCAACUCUUUUGUUGUUGGAUGAACCCACUAAUCAUCUAGACCUUAGGGCAGUUCUAUGGUUGGAGGAGUACUUAUGCCGAUGGAAGAAAACACUGAUAGUUGUUUCACAUGAUCGAGAUUUUCUUAACACAGUUUGCACUGAAAUCAUUCAUCUACAUGAUUUCAAGCUUCAUUUCUACCGAGGGAACUUUGAUGAUUUUGAAGCAGGUUAUGAGCAACGUCGUAAAGAGACAAAUAAGAGGUUUGAGAUUUAUGUGAAGCAGGAGAAAGCAGCUAAAAGGUCAGGGGAUCAGGUUCAACAGAAGAAGGUGAAAGAUAGAGCUAAGUUUGCUGCAGCCAAGGAAGCAGCAAAGAACAAGGCUAAGGGAAAGGCUGAUGAUGACGAACCACCACCAGAGGCCCCAAAGAAGUGGAGAGAUUAUAGUGUGGAGUUCCACUUCCCUGAACCAACUGAGCUGACACCACCUCUUUUGCAGCUAAUAAAUGUAAGCUUCAGUUAUCCGAAUCGGAAGGAUUUUAGGCUUUCAGAUAUUGAUUUGGGUAUUGAUAUGGGAACUCGUGUUGCUAUUGUUGGACCUAAUGGAGCUGGAAAAUCUACUCUUUUGAAUCUUCUUGCUGGUGAUUUAGUUCCAACUGAAGGUGAAGUAAGAAGAAGUCAGAAAUUGAGGAUUGGCAGGUAUUCGCAACACUUUGUAGAUCUACUGACAAUGGAGGAGACACCGGUGCAGUAUCUUCUCCGUCUUCAUCCAGAUCAAGAGGGAUUUAGCAAGCAGGAGGCUGUUCGGGCAAAACUUGGGAAGUUUGGACUUCCCAGCCAUAAUCACCUUACGCCUAUUGCAAAAUUGUCUGGAGGACAGAAAGCCAGGGUUGUCUUCACGUCAAUUUCUAUGUCAAAACCACACAUAUUGCUAUUGGAUGAGCCCACGAAUCAUUUGGACAUGCAGAGCAUCGAUGCUUUGGCUGCUGCACUCGAUGAGUUUAUUGGUGGAGUUGUCCUGGUCAGUCAUGAUUCCAGGCUCAUAUCACGUGUUUGUGAGGAUGAAGAAAAGAGUCAAAUCUGGGUAGUAGAAAAUGGAACUAUGUUACCAUGCAGAAGAUUGGUGCAGCAACUGACAUGGUGCUGCGAUGGGAGUACUUUCAAUCCAAUACUACUUAAGUCAGGAGAAUCAAAGAGCUAGAUGAUGAAAUUCAAGAAAAGAAUAUAGAAACAUGUAUAUAUAUACAUAAAGCUAGGAUUUCCUAUAAAAAUGAAAGUCCUACCUAAGCAUUCACGUGUUUUUGGAGUUUGUUGUUGUUGUUGUUUUUUUUUUUUUUUAUUGAACAAAAAGAUAAUUAUUUACAACUACUAAGAGAUGGGGAAGGGAGAAUUUCUCACUUAGCAAUAAAGUAGUCCACAACAU